CCGGUCGUGCCUCCAGAAUCGCUGUAACGACCUCACGUAAAUGUCGUAGUGCUUUUGAGAAUUUCACUGGGAAGCAAACAACUGACAAGAAGUAACGACUACAGGUGCGGUUUCAUUCCUCCUCCGGGGUUCAUUUACACGACAAAAGAGAAAAUGGCAGCGAUGGACGAAGACAUGGGGGAUCUACCUGCCAGAGAGGAUGACAAUGACUCAGACAGAGAUGAAGAAGAUAGACUGUUUGCUUGGAUGGUGAAUGACGCGAUGGAUGAAGACGAGGAGGAAGAGGAGGUGGAGGAAGAGGAGGAAGAGGUGGAGGACGAGCAGCCGCUAGACAUUGAAUCGUCUGAGUCAUUUGAGUUGGACACGCCAGCUGAGCGCAGUGGUCAUGUGGCAGUUGUUGACCGUAACUUCAUGUAUGUGUGGGGUGGAUACAAGAACGCUCAAAACCACGGAUUCUUUGACUUGUAUCUGCCGAGAAAUGAAGUCUGGAUGUACAACAUAGAGUCAGGCGAAUGGACAAAACAUGUUGCCGGCGGUAACCUACACACAUCCAUGUCAGGCAGCUGUGGGGUGUGUGUUGAUGGAGUCCUUUACCUAUUUGGAGGUCACCACGCCCGGGGAAACACAAAUGGGAUCUACCGCCUGCCUCUGAGAGCUCCCAGCCUCGUGUGGGAGGAAAUGACUGAUCUUAAAGGACUCCCUCCUUCAUCAAAGGACAAGUUAGGAUGCUGGGUUCACAGGAACAGACUCAUAUUCUUUGGGGGCUACGGCUAUGCUGCACAGGGACCCCAUCGAGGGACGUUUGAAUAUGACGAAUCGUCUUCUCUUGUGUGGGACAGUCCUGGGCGAGGUUGGAAUAAUCACAUUCACAUCCUGGACCUGGAGACCUCUACAUGGAGCCAGCCUAUUACCUCGGGGAACACUCCUUCACCCAGAGCCGCUCAUGCAUGUGCUACAGUUGGUAACAGAGGCUAUGUAUUUGGGGGACGAUACAAGAAUUACAGACUAAAUGACCUGUACUACAUUGAUCUGGACACAUGGGAAUGGCAUGAAAUGAGCGUUCCUCAGCAGUGUCCUGUGGGCCGCUCGUGGCACUCCUUCACUCCUGUGUCUUCAGACCACAUCUUCUUAUUUGGAGGUUUCACCACAGAUAGAAAGACACUGAGCGAUGCUUGGGUCUACAGUGUGAGCAAGAACGAAUGGAAGCCUUUCAAACACAGUCACACACAGAGGCCCAGGCUGUGGCACACAGCAUGCUGCGGCCCUGAUGGGGAGGUGUUUGUGUUUGGAGGUUGUGCCAAUAACCUGUUGUCUCAUCACCGAGCCGCUCACAGCAAUAAGUUAUUGGUUUUCAACGUGCUACCAAAAUCACUAGUUGGGUUCUGUAUGGAUGUCAUUCUGCAGCACAGGGAGCAUUUAUCUCAUUACUGGGACUGCCUGCCCAAAUCUAUCCUGCACAGCCUCAAACGGAGACUGUCUCGCGUUAACACACUGGGCUCCUAGACAAGGACGUGGCCAACAAUCCAGACCCAGAGGAGAAAAAUACGGCGGUUUCUCCGAGAACAGGUAGUCCUACUAGAGAAUCAGAUGAAUGUGAGGACACUUGCAUACAUAAAACAAAACCUUAAAGCAAUAGUGAAGUGCUGUGGACCUGCACAUUUAAGGGUGACAAUUCUUCUCCUCUUGUGAUGUCAGUAGAACUCUCAGUGGUUUGCACAGCCAACACAGUAGGAAUCCCACAGUACUUUUACAACCGUUUAUGUUCUAUGUUCAAAAAACUUCCCUCAUCACACCCUCUAAAGAUAAACUUUACAUGUCUGCAUUAAAAUAUCGACUAGGGUUAUAUAUAUAUAUAUAUAUAUUUUCUCUUUAAAAUCAACAGAAAUUUGUAUUUAUAUUGAGGGUAACUGACCGCGUCACUCGUUUUAUUCGCCUCUUAAUGAUGUAUUUGGGUUUACGUAGUUUCUUUUAUGUGGGAUUUGAGUUUGAAAAUUGCGAUAAAUAAUAAACCUUCAACGCUGUCAUUUUUUUCCUCUGCACUGAAAAUGCAAUGCCAGAACUCUUCAGUGUGAAGCCGCACAUCUAAAAAUAUCUUACAAUAAAAGCCCACACUGCUCCCUAAAGUCACCAAAUUACACCAUGUGAUUUAAAAAGUGGAUUAUGAUAAAUAUGAUUUUGAAUAGAAGGUCACUUUUAUAAUCAUGACGCUUCUAGGGAGGUGUUGGUACUUUACCAUACCACGAAAAAAACUGUUUUAUAAUAGCUACAGUUUUGUUUUAACGGUGCGGGGUUGUCGUUUAUUUUAGUGCAGACUUUUCCCCCUUCACGAUUUCCCACAACAAAACGUUUGGCACAAUCUCGAGUAAAAAUGUAAAACAAGUGCUUUAUGCCACACAAGACCCAUCUAAUCUGGAUGUUCACUGUUUAGUUUUUAUAUGUAUGCAGUGUUUGUAUAUAGUUAUUUAUAUAUAUUGUGAGUAAAGUGAUGUGUUGCUUCUGUGUUGGAAAGUGGCUUUGAAAAAGCCUGUAAAGCGAGUGGCUCCUGUAGCGUUGAACUUUUGAUUUGUUUCUUAAAAUAUUGCAAGUGUAUUGGGUGUUGAGCCACAUUGCACUGAGAUUCCUCGUGCCAGUAGGGCUUUGUAUUUGCCUGGUUUGCACAAUUUUCCCUUUUUGUUUUGUAUUAUGGGAUUCAAUCCGUGCGUGUUGAUUUUGUAAACAAGAAAUAAAGGCAUACCAUAAUUUA